CGAUAAACUGUACAUUUAAACAAAAUAAAUAAUGAGAAUACUACACAUGACAAGUUAUCAUAUCAUGGAAUUGAUCACUUUCAAUGUCUAGUUAAUGACAAUGAAUAGUCCAUGUAUUUCUAGCGUCAGUCCAUUACAAAGUACAUCUCAUUCCGUUGGUUUACAUAAUGAUGAGAAAUAUCCCAAUAGACGACGUCAUUCAUUAUCAAUACAUCGGAUGAUUAAGAGAAAACAACGACAACAUCAAUCCUCAUUCAAUCGACAUCAGCAUAAACACCAAGUGUCCAAAAGUCCAAAAGUAGUCACUCAAUUCCAUUCCAGAAAACGAUCAUUACAUCAUCAUCAGCAUAACACUGAUAAAGAUGAUCAUCACGUCGUACCAAAUGCUCCAAGACCAUCAUUAAAAUAUAAUAAAGAGAAUGUUUUAUUUGUGAAACCAAAUCAUCAUUUGUCGAAAUUUCAGUUAGACGAUCAAACAAAUCAUAGUAAUAAUAAUAAUGAUCAAUGUUCAAUUGAACAACAUGAAAGAAUAUUACCAAGAGAAAUAAAUAUCACAACAUCAACACCAUUUAUGAAAUCAUUUACAAAUUGUUCAACUUUAUUAAAUUCUGCACUUGUUGGUGCACCACGAUUAGCAUUGAAUGUUUCAUUUCGAAAUAAUCCUCAUGAACCUGAUAAUAUUACUAAUGUUGGACAUGUAGACAAUAUGAGAUAUUCACCGAAUGUAACACCUAUCAUGAAUGUAAUCAGUACAAGUUUAUCGUAUGAUCAGGAGAACAGUAUUUAUGAUCACAAUGUUGAUGAUCAGAAUGAAAUUGAAUUAUCCGACAUUCACAAUACUAGUAAUAAUCAUAACAAUGAACUUUUGAAACCGAUAAAAAUUUAUCCCACCUAUCAAACCCUACCAACAUGUACCAAUGAUGUUAGUCUACUAGGUGGUUUUCGAUGUCGAAUAUGUUUAGAAGAAGGUGAUGAAACUGAGGCUUUACUAUCACCAUGUCGUUGUAAAGGUACCGUUGGUUUGGUACAUAGAAAAUGUCUUGAAAAAUGGCUUUUAACGUCGGGUAAACCAAAUUGUGAACUUUGUGGUUAUGCUUAUAUUAUGACACCAUCGAAAAGACGACAUUCAUCACAAUUGUCCACCGCUCCAAUAAGACGACUUAGUAAUGAAUUGAGAAGUAUACGUGAUUGGUUAAGUUGGCCGCGGACACGACGACAUUUAAUUGCUGAUAUUAUCUGUAUGAUAUUAUUGACACCGGCUACCUACAUUGGUGUAUAUUUUUGUGCAUUGGGUGCUUUUGGUUAUGCAGAAUAUAAUCCAUUUGCAUGGCAAGUAUUUGGUUUAUGGGGAUUGGCAGUACUGCUGAUUUUAUUACUGACUACAUGGAUGAUUUUAGCUAUUCGACAUCAUGUUGGUAAUUUUCGUAGUUAUCAACAUUAUCAACAACAAGUGGCUUUGGCUGAAGCUGCUCGAUUAUCAGCAUUGCCUAGAUAUCGUUUUUCUGUACAACCUAGACCACGUGGUUCGUCGGUAGUUUUGUAUACUAUACACAAAGAGCAAGAUUCGUCACCGUUGUCAAUACAUGAAACACAGUUAGCUAUGAGUUCGUCAAGUACAGAGAAUGUUGAUUUAAGUACGUCGAUUAAUCGUGAAGAAUCAACAGGAAAUUCAAGUAAGUACACGAAUGGGAAUCAGAAAAUUGUGGUUUCUGUGGAAUUAACUACUGUGCCUGAAGUAACUGAGGAAAUGUCUGUUUCGAAUAGUAAUACUAAUAAUAGUAAUAAUGUAACUUAUACAAAUAUAGUUUAAUCUUAUGACACAUGCAUAAUUGCUGAAUUGGUACAAGUAUUUUUUCUAUUUUUUAAAUUAAAUCAAUAAAUUCUUAAUAAUACGUUCA